CAAUUAUCUUCCAUCUGAUGCUAUUGUUAUGCUUUUAUUUUGAAGGAAAUCGGACAUUUCCUGCCAGAGUCUGUUCAAGUUCGGUGUCUUUAUGAAUCCGGUGUCACCUUUCAAAAUAAAACAGGGUGACCAUGGAUCUUCUUCCUCUAACCAUGAUAUGGGUGAUCAUCGGGAUGAUUUUUGUGAGUGUGGUGAUCAGCGUCAUCUUCAUCCUCAUCAACAAGUGCAUUUCAAAAAGAGGCAAACACAAAAUAACAAACCCAAGUCUUCAGAAAGGAACUGCCUUCAAAGUCAGCAGCAACAAAUACCAGGAGACGAACCUUAAAGGCAACAUCCCAUCUUUGCCUCCUCGGACACAGUUUCUCACAGCAGAGGCCCAAAGCUAUGAAAAUCUGGCUGAGGUACCCAACUACGAGCAGAGCAUGCCGGAAUAUGAACAGAGCGGGCCAGACUACGAGCAGAGCAAGCCAGACUACGUGCAGAGCAUGCCUGACUACGAGCAGAACGGGCCGGACUAUGUGCAGGGCAUGCCGGACUAUGAGCAGAGCGGGCCAGACUACGUGCAGGGCAUGCCUGACUACGAGCAGAGCGGGCCGGACUACGUGCAGGGCAUGCCUGACUACGAGCAGAGCCGGCCAGACUACGAGCAGAGCAUGCCAGACUACGAACAGAGCAUGCCAGACUACGAGCAGGCCCUGGCUGAGCUGCCUGAUUAUCUGAAUAUAGAGGAUGAGGAGGUAAUUCUUCCCCCUCUUCUACCAUAUCAUGAUGCAGAUCCAACAGCAGACAACGCUUCCAGUGAGGACUAUGAUGACAUUGGAGGUGAGGAUGGAACCCAGGAUGAAGAGGACUACGAUGAUGUGGGAUAAAACUGGGAGGGAGAUUACAGUCUGAGAGACAUUUUUGAAGUUCAUAUAUCUGGAUCCUGCUGCAGAGAUCAUGAUGACGACUUCUCCACAGAUUUGAUUAAUAUUAAGAGAGACCAGCGGGAGAUGAAAUGAAUGUGCACAAGCUUAAUAAAGAGAUAAGUGGACUAACAGCCAAAUGAUGUAUAUAACUGUUCUAAUAAUUGUCUGAAAUCAUAAACGUCUGUUGUGAUUUGAUCUGCUGCAUAUAAAAAGUAUCUGCUGAUAAAACAAUGCUCGCCUGUCUUAAUAAAGUUCUAGUUUUAAAAUUCA